GAUAAACGGCCACAUUGCUGUUUGUAAAAAGUCAGUCGGGAAGAUUAAGAAAUUGGUUGCAAGUUGUGAAAAACAUGGAAUUGAACAUAAAGUUUUGGACGGAUCUCACGUGAACGCAGAAUUCCCGGGGUUGAAAUUUAACGACGAUUUUGAGGCAGUUUAUGAACAAACUGGUGGUGUACUUAAUGCUGAUAAAUGUCUACGAGCAAUUCAGGAAGAAUUGAUUAAGUUUGGUGGAGAACUGCACGAAAAUGAAAAAGUUCUGAACAUUGAGCCAAUUAAUGACUCGAGAGUUAAUGUUCAAACAUCUAUAGCUGCAUAUGCUUCAGUGUCAGUUGUUUUAUGCUGUGGUUCGUGGACCAACAAACUUUUAAAGCCAUUGGAUCUUCAACUGCCAUUAAAGACAUGCAAGGUACAAGUGACAUACUGGAAAGAGAAAGUUCCAAAUAUUUAUUCAAAGUUCCCAAGCCUUAUUUACUACAAGGUUGAUUCCGUAUCUAUGUAUGGACUCCCCUGUGAAGCUUACCCUGGAUAUUUUAAGUUUUGCUUCCAUUAUCACUUUGUUAUUGAUCCUGAUGAUGAAGAAGAUUUGGAGAAACAUUCAUCAAGGGAAGAGGCAAAGAUGGGGAUGGAAGAAAUAACUGAAGUUGUGAAGAAUCAACUUCCAUAUUUGGUCCCAGAGCCCAAAGUAAUGGAGCCUUGUAUGUUAACUACAACUCCUGACACAGAUUAUAUUUUGGAUCGCCAUCCAAGACAUAAGAAUAUCAUUAUAGGAGCUGGGAUGUCAGGAAAGAUCCUAUCCGAGUUUGCGGAUGACGUAACACCGAGUUACGCGGUUCAUUAUUACGUCAUAGAUCGCUUUCAUACAUGA